AUGGGUCGUACUAACUGCGGAAUCAGUACGGAAUUUCUACAACGCGAUCAACCCACAACAUGCUGCCCCAAAUGCAACAACCUUUUCCACUCUUCCUGUAUCAAUGAUACUUCAAAUAAUUCACAAUGGAUCUGUAACGAUUGUACUUCCCUCCCCAGUCAAACAAGUACCGACGACAAGUUUAACCUCAUUUUGCAAGAAUUAAAAUCUAUCAAGUCUAACAAAUCCAAAUCAGAUGAAGCUCUGAAGGUUAUCUCUUCCUCGGUUAAAGCGUUAAACGAUAGAGUUUCGGGGCAAGUUCAAACUAUAUAUAUGUUUUAA